CGGCCAGUGCAACCUGGCCGAAACGUUGGGAAAAAAGAUUUGGAUCUAAACAAUCGAAUCACAAUGCUUACACAACGAAAGACGUUACAACUGUGGCUAUGGGUUUUCCUGGUCCAAGUAUGCUGGGCAAACCAACCCACCCCUUUGUUUCAACUAGCACGGAACCAUUGCUCCAGCAAAACUACUUGCAGCGACUGCAUACGGACUGCUAACUGUGCCUGGUGCUUCGCUGCAAGGUUCGAUGGUUUGAGAUGUUUCAACCCUGCCAUAGAAGGGACUGCGUCCUGCGAUGAAGCUAACAUCUUAGACCCUAGUAACCUACUGUCUGUACAACAAAAUAUGGAACUUAGUAGAACGCGUUCUGACUCCAUCGCAGACUCACAUGGAGAGUCCAGAUCCGGUGUCAGCACCACUGCUGGUGGUGCCAAGUCCACAGGCUCUAAGGAGAACCUCGUUCAGAUCAAGCCGCAAAGAGUCAAACUGCAAUUACGACAGAAUCAAAUGCAACAGUUAUCCUUCACCUACUCACGUGGCGAAAACUACCCACUGGUAACCGAUUCGGUGGUUGAAAUUAGAGACACAUCAAGUGACGCCAUCCAAAUUGUUUAUUCUUCAUCCUGUCUUGAUGAACCCAACGUGAUGCAGACAAAUAGGUGUGACGGGUUAAAGGUGGGAGAUGUCGUGGAGUUCCUAGCUAAGAUUACACUGAAGGAGUGUCCGCGAGACCCAAGCAAGUGGAAACAGACAUUUGUCAUCAAACCUGGAGGCACCUCAGAGGGUCUCACCGUGGAACUGGAGAUGAUAUGCGAUUGCCCAUGUGAACAUCCUGGACAUUCCGCGUACAACGACAACCGCAACGUUUGCAGUGGACACGGCAUAUCCAGGUGUGGCGUAUGCUCCUGCCAACCCGACAGCUUUGGAAAGAACUGCGAGUGCGCUACGCAGGGCUUCGGUUUUGGAAACCAGGACACUUGUCGCCCCUACAAUACCAGCACUGGCCAAGACUGCUCUGGCCACGGCGUCUGUAUCUGUGGCGUUUGUGAGUGCAACAAGAUGUCCGACCCAACUGAGGAGAUAUCAGGGGCGUUUUGCGAGUGCGACAACUUCUCUUGCGACCGCAGCAAAGGUCGUAUUUGCUCGGGCCCCGAUCACGGAACAUGUGUGUGUGGCCAGUGCAUAUGUAGGCCUGAGUACACCGGUCCCGCUUGCGAUUGCUCGCGUAACACUGCGCCGUGCGUCAACCCAGCUACUGGUGAAAUCUGCAGCGGCAAUGGGCAGUGUGUAUGCGGUCGGUGCUUAUGCAACUUCAGCGAUGAACAUCACUUCUCAGGCCGAUACUGUGAAAAUUGCCCAACAUGUCCGAACCGCUGUAAGCAGUUCAAAGAAUGCGUAUUAUGCAUGGUGCAUCACAAGGGAGCGGAAUGGAACCGCACGCAGACUUGCUCUAAGCCGUGCAAAGAGGCGAAAGGCGUCGUUCCCAUUGUUGAGACCGAAAAACUUGAAGUAAAUGAUACUCUUAAUGAGCAUUUGUGCAGCUUCGUGGACGAGGAAGACUGCAAGUACGAGUUUGUGUACUCGUACGAUGACCAGAUGAACUUGCACAUGAGGGCACAGAAGGAACAACAGUGCCCUACGAAAGUCAGAUAAUUAUCAUAGUCUAUAUAAUUAUGCCACUUUGUUGAAAGGAAUAAACCUAAAUUACUAAAGAACAACUGCUUAAUUGAUUUGUCAUAGACAGUGAUCAGUUUUUUGGAUUCGACAUGGGGUGAACGACCUCAAUCAUUAUGUUAGUAUGGAUAUGCCCCGGGAAUCCGGGCUUAAUGUUGUUAGAAAAGGCAAAAAUGUAUGUAUACGUCACUAUGUUUUCUGCUAGUUGGAUUCCUUCUAAGUUCUAACACAUGUCAUACAGCCAGAGUGUACGGCAUGUCGCAAGCAGCGCUGAACUGACUUUUGGUGACUCACGCGCCGAGGCAUAUUAGGAAUAAGUGUUUCUAAAUAAAUAUUUCUUUAUGAAGGGCCCUAUGGCUUUGUGACCUGCCUAACUCUACACAUAAAAAGACGUUCGGAUAUGGCAAUUUCUAUAAAAACUAUCACCAGAUUACCGGGCUAUCGCCAGCAUUGGGCUACUUUCCGUAGAAAUUGACUCACAGGCAAGUCUGUCAGAUUUUGGAAUGGUCUGGUCACCUUACGUAUCGCGACUGCAUUUUUUGAAUUUGUUAGUGCUAAGUUUGCAGAAAACCCACUACGAGGUGAAGAUAUUUCAGCUGUUAGGUACAACACCAUUAUGAUUUUUUCUUGUGUCUCGAAAUAAAAACCGAUCAAGUCGAGCAAUGACAAUUGAUCAACCGACCUGACCUAGCGCGUAAUGACCCCGCCUGCUAUACCGUGGCCCUGGGUGCAAAUCCCGGUAAGGGAUUUAUUUGUGUGAUGAGCUUCCUCAUCAGAUCUGAUAUUCGUUCCUGUGAGUCAUGAGUGACAUUUGUUCAUCACCCGGAUCAGACAUUAUGUUACAACAAUAAUGUUUUUCAGUGUCCCAUCACCAAAUUUAGCGGGAAAUCGGCAGGUCUUAAGACCCUGACGACUGCAAUCGAAUGUCUGCAAUCUGACUUUUUAAACAUUUAAAAGUAGAGAAAUGAUCCAUGCCAUAUGAUGAAACAAUAAUGAGUGUGCAAGACUAGGUAUCUUGAGCUUACCGUGGGACUCAGUCAGUCUGUGUAAGAAUGACCGAAUUUAUUUGUGAGACUUUCACACAAAUAUAUUUCAUAUUGUGUAUCGCACCCAUUGUACCUUCACCUUAUACUGAAGCACUAACCUCGGUGACUAGCGUUUCCUGGCACUCUCGAGAAUGAAUGAAUUUCGCUUUCGGAAAAGUAGGCAAUAAGUGUUUCGCUUUUUUCCAUAAACGAAACUCUUGUACGAUGACCUGCACUUUUAGAGGAGCCCUUUGUUAAAUUCCUAUACAAUUCGGGAAGCGCACAGUCAUGGCUAAACAUUUUGGGGUUUCUUUAAAAUAAAAUGCUGUUUGGUGCUGGGGGAAGUUGAGAAAAAAAUGUGUUGUCAUGGUCGUAUAUAUUUGCAUGUACAUUUUGUACAUAGUUUUCUUUUUCAUUUAGCGUUAUAUUUGAUAUUCGAGGAGCCAAGCACGGUAGCACGAUUUUCGCACUCAUUUUAAGUGCGACAGGGAUGCACCUGAGGUACGUAGUUGAUGUUCUAGUAUAGUAUAGACAUAGAUUUAAGUUUGUAUGCCACAUUUUAUGGACAGUCUGAAUACAGUCACCUACGGAAACA